AUGUUUGAUGUUCAGCAGCUUGGCUACAAGGAAAGGAAGCAAACCAAGGAAUCUGGAGGUGAUCCUGCAUCGCGUACGGCCUAUACCGUGAGGCCUCGUCGCGAGCGCCCGGAGGCUGCAUCGCCGCCGGCUGCCGUGCGACCGCCGCGUGGCAGGGCUUCGCCCUUCGCGUCGCGCGCGUUUGGAGCCCUCGCUCCUCCCGACCCUCGGUCGGAAUCCUCCAGGAUGUCGAGCUCCCGGCGCAACGGGUCGGUGUCCCGCGCCGCGGAGGCCGCCUCCAAGAACCGGCUGCACAUGGAUCGGAAUCCACAGCACUCCAGGAUAACCGAUCCAUCGAACCCGGCCGGUCGCCGCAAGGAGAUAGAUAACGUGAUGAAGAGAGCACGGCAGGCUUCCCCGGGCAGCUGGGAUCGCAAGCUGCUGCAGGUGGAAGAAAAAGACCCUAACAGAUGGCGCCACACGGGCUACAAGCAGUUGUAUCUGGAUGGCUCUCGCUCCCCCUCCCCGCGCCGCUCGCGGUCCCCCAGGCGCUCCAGGUCCCCGCCGCCCAUAUCUCGGCGCUCGCGCAGCCCGCUGCGGCGUUCGCGCUCCCCGCUGCCGCGCCGCGCCGAACACGCGCGUUCGCCGCGUCGGAGCCCCCGACGAUCGCCCAGACGCAGCCCGCUCGCUCUCGGCGGCCGCCGCCGCUCGCCGCGCCCCCGCUCGCCCCCGCCACGCCCGCGCGACGCGCGCGACACGCGCGACUCACGCGACACGCGGGACGCGAGAGACGCACGGGACAGGCGCGACGCGCCGGACGCACGCCGCGCGCGCCCGAGACCCGCGCCGCCGCCGGCUGCGAGGCCGCCGUCACCGCCGGAUCCUAGGAAGUCCUCUGGCUCCGGUUCAUCAGGAAGCAGCUGUUCGGACGAGUCCUGCUCAGUAUGUUCAGCGAAGAACAAGAAAGGACCGCCGCCCGGACCUAAAGGAGCUAAGCCACCGCCCGGAGCGUCCCCAGCAAAGCGUCCACCAGCGUCCUCAGCUCGCGCCGUACAACCGACGCGAGAGCUUCUCAAGGCUAGGGAAGCCAGCAAGCGAACCCGGGAGGAGAAGGUGCUAGAAUGGCAGCGCUCCCAAAUGGCGGUGAACCGUUUGCCGGGCGCGCCCAUCCCCGCGGCGCACAUCAAGCGCGAGGGCGAGCGCCGCCCGCGCGACCCCCGCGACCCGCGCGACGCCCGCGAGCCCCGCGACCCGCGCCGCCAAGUCUCGCCCGCCGCCAUCGCUGCGGCCUUGAACGACUCGGACAGCGACAGCGAGUCGGAUGCCAGCUCGGAACAACCGCAGAGGUUAACCCUCUCCGAACGCUUCGGCAAGAUGGCCCAAUGGUCCGCCGACCGCAGCGCUCGUCUCGAGAAUAUGCGCAUCACGCGGCGAGACAGCGCGCUCCACGUGCGCAUUGAGCGGCCCGACGGAGCCUCCGAGCCGGUAGACGAGCCCUAUCCAGGCCUAGAAGCGGCUCCAGUGGGCAGCUACCCUGAAGAACUAUUAGCCGCGGCCCCGGGAGGCCUGCCGUCCUGGGACGACGUACGAGUCCGCUACGACUACUACAAGAAGCGUGGAUACUUGCGAGGACUGACUCUGAGCGACUACGUGAAGUGGGAGGAGUGGUGGUACAAGUACCAGGAGUGGCUGAAGAGAGAGCGCGCCUAUGAGCGCUGGGCCGAGGGCGAGGUGGGAUCGGUGCGGCGCGAGCGUCGCCGGCGCGGCGGGCGGCACCGGCGCAGCUGAGGGCGCGCCGCCCCCGCGGCGGUCCUGGCCGUGGACCUGGCCGCGGGGGCGGCGUCUGAGAUCUAGACGCCACCGAGGGAGGGCCGGCUGUGAGUAUACUAUCCCUCUCAUCCAUUAUUGUCCCGGUCCUGGCCGUGGACCUGGCCGCGGGGGCGGCGUCUGAGAUCUAGACGCCACCGAGGGAGGGCCGGCUGUGAGUAUACUAUCCCUCUCAUCCAUUAUUGUCCCGGUCCUGGCCGUGGACCUGGCCGCGGGGGCGGCGUCUGAGAUCUAGACGCCACCGAGGGAGGGCCGGCUGUGAGUAUACUAUCCCUCUCAUCCAUUAUUGUCCCGGUCCUGGCCGUGGACCUGGCCGCGGGGGCGGCGUCUGAGAUCUAGACGCCACCGAGGGAGGGCCGGCUGUGAGUAUACUAUCCCUCUCAUCCAUUAUUGUCCCGGUCCUGGCCGUGGACCUGGCCGCGAGGGCGGCGUCUGAGAUCUAGACGCCACCGAGGGAGGGCCGGCUGUGAGUAUACUAUCCCUCUCAUCCAUUAUUGUCCCGGUCCUGGCCGUGGACCUGGCCGCGGGGGCGGCGUCUGAGAUCUAGACGCCACCGAGGGAGGGCCGGCUGUGAGUAUACUAUCCCUCUCAUCCAUUAUUGUCCCGGUCCUGGCCGUGGACCUGGCCGCGGGGGCGGCGUCUGAGAUCUAGACGCCACCGAGGGAGGGCCGGCUGUGAGUAUACUAUCCCUCUCAUCCAUUAUUGUCCCGGUCCUGGCCGUGGACCUGGC